GGUUUCUCUUCCGUGGAGGCACGGGGGACUCCCCCAGCUGGGUUUUGCACUUUCCUUCCCUCUUCCACCCGCGUGCGCCCCGGCCUGGCGCUGAAGCCCCACUUCAGACAUGCUUUGGGCGACAGGGACCCUUGCUGCUCAGCAGGAAGGCAGCAGGCAAGUGGUCUAACGGCGGCGGCGGCGGCGGCGGCGGCAGCAAAGCGGGGAGCAAGAGAAUUAUUUGAAAAGAGACACCCGCUCCCUCUCAAACGCUGAGGGGGAGGCAUUCGCGUUUCCCCAAAUGAGAAAGAGCCACAAGAAAUCAUGAAGUAAAAACUUUGGAAAGCUGCCACUGGAGAUGUUGCACAAAACCCUGGAAUCUUUUAGGAGUCUCCUCCCAGUCGGUGGAGGUUUGGGGAGCAGCUGAUACAGCAAGGAGGGCUCUUGCAAGGAUUCAAGUUCCAGGAGCCCUGGAGGAGCGGCACAGAGCGGGGGAGCGUGGCGAGAGAAUGAAGAAACCAACUGCCCGGGAAAAGCAUGAGGCGGCAGUGCGGCACUCGGCUUAGAGGGCUCGGGCGGGCGGCGGCCCCAUGGGCAACCCUGCUGGCGCUGGGCCUCCCGGGCUGGGUGCUGGCGGUCUCGGCCACGGCCGCCGCCGCUGCGCUCCCCGAGCAGCAUGCCCCCUCCGCCGGCCAGCCGCCCCUGGACUGGCUCCUCACCGACCGCGGCCCCUUCCACCGCGCCCAGGAGUAUGCCGACUUCAUGGAGCGCUACCGCCAGGGUUUCACCACCAGGUACAGGAUCUACAGGGAGUUUGCCCGUUGGAAAGUAAACAACUUGGCUCUGGAAAGGAGGGACUUCUUCAGUUUGCCAUUGCCUCUUGCCCCAGAAUUUAUCCGGAACAUCCGCCUCCUCGGAAGGAGACCCAACUUACAACAGGUUACUGAAAACCUGAUAAAAAAGUACGGCACUCAUUUCUUACUUUCUGCCACCCUUGGAGGAGAAGAGUCCCUAACCAUUUUUGUGGACAAGCGGAAACUGAGCCGCAAGACAGAGACAGCAGGAAGUGCACCUGUAGUUGGGGGCAGUGGGAACAGCUCUGCCGUGUCCCUGGAGACCCUGCACCAGCUCGCAGCCUCCUACUUCAUCGACAGAGAGAGCACACUGAGGCGGCUGCACCAUAUCCAGAUAGCCACGGGGGCCAUCAAGGUCACGGAGACCAGGACGGGCCCUCUGGGCUGCAGCAACUACGACAAUCUGGACUCAGUCAGCUCUGUCCUGGUACAGAGUCCGGAGAACAAAGUGCAGUUACUGGGCCUACAGGUGCUGCUGCCCGAGUACCUGCGUGAGCGCUUUGUGGCGGCGGCACUCAGCUAUAUCACAUGCAGCUCUGAGGGGGAGCUCGUCUGCAAGGAGAAUGACUGUUGGUGCAAGUGCAGCCCCACCUUCCCAGAAUGCAACUGUCCGGAUGCUGACAUCCAGGCCAUGGAGGACAGCCUGCUGCAGAUCCAGGACUCUUGGGUGACUCACAACCGGCAGUUUGAGGAGUCAGAGGAAUUCCAGGCCCUGCUGAAAAGGCUGCCCGGAGACAGGUUCCUGAACUCCACAGCCAUCUCCCAGUUCUGGGCCAUGGACAGCAGCCUUCAGCACCGCUACCAGCAGCUGGGAGCCAGCUUGAAAUUGCUGUUCAAGAAGACCCACCGGAUUGUCCGCAGGCUCUUCAACCUCUGCAAGCGCUGCCACCGGCAGCCUCGCUUCCGCCUGCCCAAGGAGAGGUCCUUGCCCUAUUGGUGGAAUCGCAUCCAGUCCCUCCUCUACUGUGGAGAAAGCACCUUCCCCGGCACCUUCCUGGAACAGAGCCACAGCUGCACCUGCCCCUAUGACCAGUCUUCCUGCCAGGGCCCCAUCCCCUGUGCCUUGGGCGAAGGGCCCGCAUGUGCCCACUGUGCUCCGGACAACAGCACGCGCUGUGGGGGCUGUAACCCAGGCUACGUGCUGGCCCAGGGGUUGUGCCGGCCAGAGGUGGCUGAGUCCCUGGAGAACUUUCUGGGGCUGGAGACAGACCUGCAGGACCUGGAGCUGAAGUACCUGUUGCAGAAGCGGGACAGCCGCAUCGAGGUGCACUCCAUCUUCAUCAGCAACGACAUGCGUCUGGGCAGCUGGUUUGACCCUUCCUGGAGGAAGCGCAUGCUGCUCACGCUGAAGAGUAACAAGUACAAGCCUGGGCUGGUGCACGUGAUGCUGGCCUUGUCCCUGCAGAUCUGCCUCACCAAGAACAGCACCCUGGAGCCUGUCAUGGCCAUCUACGUCAACCCGUUUGGGGGCAGCCACUCUGAGAGCUGGUUCAUGCCCGUGAAUGAGGGCAGCUUCCCCGACUGGGAAAGGACUAACGUGGACGCAGCUGCCCAGUGCCAAAACUGGACUAUCACCUUGGGGAACAGGUGGAAGACCUUCUUUGAGACAGUCCAUGUUUACCUACGGAGCCGAAUCAAGUCCCUGGAUGACAGCUCCAAUGAGACAAUCUACUAUGAGCCCCUGGAGAUGACCGAUCCCUCCAAGAACUUGGGCUACAUGAAAAUCAACACCUUGCAGGUCUUUGGCUACAGCCUCCCCUUUGACCCGGAUGCUAUCCGGGACUUAAUUCUCCAGUUAGACUACCCGUACACUCAAGGUUCCCAGGACUCUGCCCUCUUGCAGCUUAUAGAGCUUAGGGACCGGGUAAACCAGCUCUCUCCCCCGGGCAAAGUCCGGCUUGACCUUUUCUCCUGCUUGCUCCGGCAUCGGCUCAAGCUGGCCAACAACGAGGUGGGCAGGAUCCAGUCCUCCCUGAGGGCUUUCAAUUCCAAGCUGCCAAACCCUGUGGAGUAUGAGACAGGCAAACUGUGUAGCUAAUGGGGGCCCCACUCCAGUGCUGGGCAGGGAGGUGAUCCAUGAAUCCAGGGUGCAAAGAUCAUUCAAGCCCCACCUUAGUGCCAACAGGGUUCUCCCUUGAGACUUUCCGCACCCAGCCAAUGGAACCUCAGGGCUUGGACUAAAGCAGGCAGGAGAGAAAGAGACCAUCACCACACGUGUGUACACGCUCACCAUGUGCGUGCACACACGCGCGUGCAUACACAUACACACUCUCACACAGGGAGGCUACGACUCAGCAGCCUCGAAUCUGUGAAGUCGGUGCUUUCAAAUGCAUGCAGUUGAAGGAGAGGAGCCAAGGGAGAGAUUAAGAAAAAGAACCAGCCAAACCAUGAAAACAAAAUCCUUAAAAAGUGAUUCUUAUCAUUCAAGAAAGCAAGAGGGGGCAUGGGGGUAGGAACAGGAGCAGUUCCCCCUCCCCCACCAUCGAGUCACUUUUGUAUUCUUUUUAACCAGGUUUCUUAAAAUGGCGUUGUUUCGUGAUCCUCCCAGCGUUGGUUCUUACUUUUUGUAUGCUGCCUCCUCUGUGCCCUCCCAGACACUGACUGCUUCUCAAGCCGGCUCCCCUGAGACACUCAAGGUGACACCAACAGAGGACCGUAAGGGCAGACAGGCAGGCUUGCUCUGCUCUCCACUCCUCCCUCCCUCCAGCCCCCUUGCUUCCUCAGCCCCCCUACUUUGUUCCACAUUCCCCUGUGGUCCAGCCGGAACUCCUCUUCCAAUGGCACCUGUCCUGUCCAAGAAAGCAGCUCUGUCAAGUUAGAAAGAGACAAUGUAUAGGGAAAUGUUCUUUUUUAAAAACAAAACAAAAAUAUUUAUUUUGUGAUUGUUUUCUUUGUCAAUCUGCUCCAGCCACAUGAACGUAUGAGUAAAAGUUUACCUGGUUUAAUAUA